GGCACCGAUGUAAUAUUCAGAAAGGAAGGGCGGAGAGUCGGCGCAAGCGCCGCAGGGCGCGAGGCGCGAGUCGUUCGAGUCCAGUCCGUACCUCGGGUAUAGUAUGCACGAAAGGGAACGCGUUCUUUCCAAACGACGCUCAUGAAGACGGAUACGGCCUCCUGUCGGACGAUCAUCCUGUUAUGCUUCUUCGCUCGCGUAUUUUGCCAAACGCCGUUCAAUCUGCUGAUAGCCGUCGAAGAGGCGGAUGCCUCCGUUAUCGGUUUGUUCAACGAAGCCGUCUACGAUGCGGAACGCGAGCUCGGAAACGACGUCGUCGCCAUCCACGUGUCGGCGGUCAAGGUGGACAGAGAAAACGUCGAGCAGAGUUAUCAGCAGGUGUGCGCCUCGCUUUAUCGCGGGAUCAGCUUGAUACUGGACAUGACGUGGACGGGCUGGGACCAGCUUCGAUCGUUGGCCGCCGAUUGGGACAUAAUAUAUGAACGAGCCGACUCGACGUUGACGCCCUACGUCCAAGCUCUGGAUGAUUUCCUCGUUAUGAAAAACGCUACGGACGCUGCGAUGAUUUUCGAGUCGGAAAAGGAACUGAAUCAAACGCUGUACUAUCUGAUCGGUAACUCCAUCAUCCGAUUGGUCGUAAUCGAUGAACUGUCCGAUGCGACGGUAGCGAAGAUUCGAGCAAUGAGGCCAUCGCCGACGUAUUAUGCUAUCUUUGCCAGUACUCCAAAGAUGGGCAGCCUUUUUAAGACGGCGAUAGAUGGCGGGCUCGUCAAGCGGAACGACGUCUGGAACUUGGUCUUCACGGACAGUAAUUACCGCGAGUUCGAGUACAUUUCCGGUAAGACGGCGUUGAACGUCUCCGUCAGCGUGAUCACCAUGAAGAACGACGUGUGCUGCCGCCUGCUCGGGGAGACGACGUGCUCGUGCCCGCCGGACUUCCAGAACCUGCCGCACUACUUGAAGCGGCUGAUCGACCUGCUGGUCGGGACGACGAGCGAGGUGCAAAGGUCCGGAAUCGGCAUGGAGCCCAGGACCGGCCGGUGCGGCGCCGUGGCCUCGAGGAAACCGGGACCGCGCGACGCCGUCGACGCCGUCGACGCCGUCGACGCCGUCGACGCCGUCGACGCCUUCGGCAAGAUCCUCGUCGCGGUGAGUACGAGGCCCAUACCCGGGACCACCUCCCCCGUUGACUCGAUCACCUUCCAGAGGAUCGGCGGCAACGACACUUUCGAGUACGCGACGGAGACGUCGACGAUUCAGUUUCGGGCUGAGAUCGAGUUCGAGACUCUCGACCGUGGAUACCUCGAGAAACUCGGAGAAUGGACCAGGAAGCGGAAGAUCACCACCGCGCCCGGCAGGCGGAUAUUUCAAGCGAAGAGAUUCUUUCGCGUUGGAACCGCAGAGGCGAUUCCGUGGUCGAUGAUACGAAGGGACGCCGCGACCGGACUUCCGGUGACGGACGGAAAUGGGAACGUAAUGUGGGAAGGCUAUUGCAUUGACUUCGUCGAGCAGCUUUCCCAGGAGAUGAACUUUGAUUACGAGCUCGUCGUUCCGAAGGACAACUCCUUUGGGACCAAGUUACCGAACGGCAAGUGGAACGGUCUCGUGGGAGAUUUGUCCCGUGGGGAAACGGACAUCGUAGUCGCUGCUCUCACGAUGACGUCCGAUCGCGAGGAAGUUGUCGAUUUCGUAGCUCCGUACUUCGAACAGUCGGGGCUCCUGAUCGCAAUGAGAAAACCCGUGCGCAAGACGUCCCUCUUCAAGUUCAUGACGGUACUUCGCCUGGAGGUUUGGCUGAGCAUCGUCGGGGCGCUCACGCUCACAGGAAUCAUGAUCUGGCUGCUCGACAAGUAUUCCCCGUACAGCGCACGAAAUAACAAAGGACUUUAUCCGUACCCUUGCAGGGAGUUCACCUUAAAGGAAAGCUUCUGGUUCGCGUUGACGUCCUUUACUCCCCAGGGAGGGGGCGAGGCUCCCAAAGCGUUGUCGAGUCGAACGCUCGUCGCAGCUUACUGGUUGUUCGUCGUCCUGAUGCUCGCCACGUUUACCGCCAAUCUGGCGGCUUUCCUGACCGUCGAGAGAAUGCAGUCGCCUGUGCAGUCCCUGGAACAACUUGCUCGACAAUCUCGGAUAAACUACACCGUUCUUGCCAACUCGAGUGUCCAUGACUACUUUAUAAAUAUGAAGAAAGCUGAGGAUAAGCUUUACACCGUAUGGAAAGAGAUUACUCUGAACAGUUCUACCGAUCAGAUCGAGUACCGUGUUUGGGAUUAUCCAAUAAAGGAACAAUACGGUCACAUAUUGCAGGCAAUAAUGCAAGCGGGACCUGUCAAAUCUACCGAGGAAGGAUUUCAAAAGGUGAUCGACAGCGAGAACGCCGAGUUUGCCUUUAUUCACGACUCGUCUCGAAUUAAGUACGAGGUAACCAGAAACUGUAAUUUGACCGAAGUCGGUGACAUUUUCGCCGAACAGCCGUUUGCAAUUGCGGUACAACAGGGUAGCCAUCUUCAAGAAGAAAUUAGCAGGAAGAUAUUGGAUCUUCAGAAGGAUCGAUUUUUCGAGUCCUUGACAUCGAAAUAUUGGAAUCAGUCGUUGAAAGGUUCCUGUCAAUAUUCGGACGACGACGAGGGUAUUACACUGGAGAGCUUAGGUGGAGUAUUUAUAGCUACGUUGUUUGGACUGGCUCUGGCAAUGAUUACUUUAGCAGGAGAAGUAAUCUAUUAUCGAAGACAAAAUCAUACUCCGGGAGAAAAGCAAGCAGGUGGUCAGAGAGGUAAGGAGAAGGAAAAAGUGAAAUCAAAGAAGAAGUUAGUGCAGCAGAAACCAAGGAAUAAAUUGCAAAUACGCGCUAUCCAUGAUGCUCACAUCCCCGGAAAACUUUUGGAAGCAAAACCUUAUAUAUCUCACAUCUCUGUAUAUCCGAAGUAUUUUCCAUUUAAGGAAUAAGUAUGUAAGUAACGUUUUCUUUACAAAUGCGAAUGAAUUUCACCGUUUAUUUUAAUACAUUCAUUGGCUUGAUUUAAGUGGUAAUAUUUUUUAUUAUACGAACUAUAUGAUGCCUUUAAAUACAUCAGUAUGUAUAAUUACAUGACUAUAAUAAUUCUUGAUCUCAUAGGAUGGUUGAGGAUUAUUAUAACCUUAAAAAAAAAACUAUUUGAAUGGGGAUACACACACACAGUUAUGUCAUCAAUCUCUUUUACAAUUAAAUAUUUGCAUCUAGUCUA